AUGGUGCUAUGUGGUGCUCUAGGUUGCUCUUGGGAGAGGGCCACGGACACCCAUGGACUCAGCAGGCAUUGUACAUCAUGCCACUUCUACAAGAGGUCCAGCGUUCUUGCAACUCAAAAGAGGCAAGAGCAUGCCAAAGAGGCUGUCUCUGCAAAUUUGGCUGCCAAUCUGCCCCAGUCAAUGUCUUUGCCUAGAAUUGGCUGUCCAAGGCCAAUUGCCCCCUGCGACCUCCUGUUGGCAGAGCAAAUGCCGGGGCCUGUUGCUGCCACUUCAGACACCUCCGGCCUCGCAGACUUGCAGCACUCUAUUCUUCCAGGACUCACACAUGACGACACUGACUCUGCGAUGGAUGUUGACUGCGGAGACCUCUUGGAUGCCUCUGACCAACCGGCGCACCCUAUAAGAAAAAUACCAAGGCCUUUUGUUGAUGUUGAGCCCUCGGUGGAGGACCUCAAUAGCUCUGAUAGUGUUGACCAUCGUGUCUGUAGUGCUUCGACUCAAAACUCGGGCGCCCUGCCAGCUCCAGCAAGGAUUCGACGUGUUCUUCUAACACUCCAAGAUAGACUUCAGACUACCCUCAACUCCUUCGGUCUCUAUAGGCUUUACCCCCGUCGUCCCUCAUUUGAGCCUGAUAAGUACAUUUCAUCCUCGUUGCUUGCUAGAAUGUGCCCUACCCCUUCUGGAGGAACCGAUGCUCCACUGCAGGUCUUCCCUCCCCCUUACCCCUUCGCGAAUAUGAUGGUCUAUCGGCUCAUGUCCUGGAUGAACUCCGGCAGCAGCUGGGUGUCAGAAACUAAGGUUGCCACCCUUGUCAAGGACGUUGUAGGGAUUCAUUUCUGGCUGGGCUUGUAG